CUGCUGAGACAUUGCCGAUGGCAUCGGUCCCUUCUUGGGUUUGGAUGCAUGACAAUCCUCCUUCUACUGGGAGCCAUGAUAGCACUGGGCAUUUGGGGCUGGUGGACCAAAGAAUCCCUGCAUGCUCUUGAAAAGAUCCAUGCCUUCCAAGGAACAAACAGCCAAACACCCAGCAAUGAGAGUCAGCAGAAGACCAAGUUGGAUAACCAUCAGGCUUUGCUACAGUAUCUGUGCAAAUCAUAUGGUAAUCACUCCACAGAGAAUUCAAGGUGUAAACUCUGCCCUGAAACCUGGUUGCGCCAUAAGGACAAGUGCUAUUGGAUCUCCAGAGAAAAAAACACAUGGAACAAGAGUCAUCAUGACUGCACAGCAAAAGUCUCUCAGCUUGCAGUGAUAAAAGAAAAAGCAGAACUGGACUUCAUAAAGGGUAUUACUGAUGGUGCACAACUGCUGUGGCUUGGACUGACUGCCAUUCCCCUUACAAGUGAAUGGUCUUGGGUAGAAGGCUCCCUGUUAAAUGACACAUUGUUGCAAGUAACAGGAGCUGCCCAAGCAAACAGCUGUGGGAUGCUGAAAGGGGAAAAAAUCAUUUCAGAAGCAUGCAGUGCUGUAACCAAGUGGAUCUGUGAAACAGAAGCUCUUCUGGUGUAAAUAAUCAAAUAGAAAAUAAACUGAGUAGUCAGCAUGUAAUCUAA